GUUUUCAGCGGUCGGCCCCCAUGAUGUGACAUCAAUGUCAGAAAAGCUCACUGCUGUACUUGCUAGAUGUGAGAGAAUCCAACAAGGGGCAGAAACCCUGUCCAAUUUGCCCAGUCAUUUGGCAGAGCGGCUUCAAAAAUUGUAUUCAAAAUGUGAGAGGUUGAAGCAAGCCAAUUCACAGGAGCAUUCCAAUUCUUCGAUAGAUCGCGUGGAUGCAGGCGAUGAAGAUCUUCAAAGGGAUGAAGUGGCAUUGACCGAUCCUUAUCUUCUCGAGGAAGAUGAAGAAGCGGAGGCAAAGAGGACACCGGGCCUUGCUGCACAGGAGCCGAAGGAGCAAGAAUCGGAGUUGGAAGAAGAGGUCAAGGAGGCUGAGGAGGGAAAGGAGGAGAGAGACGAGGUUGGAGACGAGGCUCGAAGUUCCGCUGAGCCUGGUGUGAGCGACGUGAGUCACUCCGAGAAGUUGAAGAGCCAGGUGGAGCAGCUGGAGCGCUCUCCCGCUGAAGCCAGUGAUGUUGCAAGUGCCGCUUUGGAAACUGUUCAGUUCGUGAGCUGUGCUUGGAACAACUUGCCAGUGAACGUUGAGUUCGUGGAGAAGGAGGUGCGUUACAUUGUGGAAAAGAAAUUGGGAGAGAGCUCUGGAAGCGCCAUUUAUGCGAUCCGCUCUGCAAAUGGUGGGGGGUUUAUCGUCAAGAUGUCGGCGGAGAACAAGGAGCCCUUUGCCAGGCUUUUUCGCGAGGGCGAGUUGCAGAAGGUGGAGCUUGAGAACGUGAUGCUGGAUAUUUUCGAUGUGUCUUCCUUUGUCCAGACCCUCACUCAAGUCAUCUCAGACUUCAAUGCCUCUAUGUCGACUCCAAUGCUGCCAACCGUGCCGCUUGAGCAAUCCGCGUUCAAGGUCUUGUUCUCGGGCGACGAGGGAACGCGAAGUGUCGAAGAGAAACCGGGAGAGACUCGGGAGGUGGCAACUUGGUCCAAGGCCAAGCCACAGGCACCGCCCAAGUCUUUGUCCACGAUGCUGGAAAGCUAUGUCGACGAGGACAGUGUGAGCAAUGUGUCGGAUCCCAAUCCUGAAGAACCUGACGGAUCUGACGCGAAGGUGGAGGUCUCUGGACCUGUCACGGCAGAAGGGGCCAAAGCACGCGCUGUGGCUCGCAUGGCAAAGAGCCAAACAAAGGCAAAUACGAAAGAGGAUGAAGACCUUGAAGAAGAUCAGGUGCAUGAAGUGGAUGUGCUCAAAGGCCCGAAUGAAGUUGGCGAAGGAGCCUUUACUUGGGAUCCAGCAACGGGACAAUUCGUGAGGGAAGAGAUCCCAGCUGACAUAGCUGAAGAGUUUCGGCGCAAGCCUUUGAACUUGGAGGAUUAUCAGCAGCGGGUGCUGAUGGCCCAGUUGCAAGACGAAAAGCGACGUUUGCAACAGCAGCAAGAAGAGAGAGAUCGCCAGCGGCAAAAGUUAGAGAAGCAACAGGAGCAGGAGCGACUGCAAGCACAGCGUGAGCAGCAGCUUACCAGGGUGCUGGAGUCAUAUGCUCAGGAGUCUCCACCUGAUGCUAGUGGUCCUGGCCUUGAGCAUGCAGGGGCGCAAGUACCGCCGUUGCUGGUUCCGCAUGACGCGACCAACGUUGAUCAGCUAACGCUACUCCAAUCUGCCCAAGCAGCCCACGCAGCACAAGUAGCCCAAGCGGCACAGAUCCAACAGCAAGCGUUCAGACUGCAAGUCCAACAGCUGGCAGCUUUGCACGGUGUCUUGAAUGCCGCGAGGCAUGCUGCACAUCCUUCAGUCCAAAAUCACAAGUCGCUUUCUUAGCACUGCCAACAUUCUGCCAUAUUGCGAUAUGUUACUUUACCUUGUCACAGAUUUCAAAAGGAUGAUGGAAUUCUUCGAUUGCAGUCGAAUUCAAACACACAUCGAAUGGUUUCCAGUUGGCAAAUGCCUGGAGUCACUCCCGGCAUGGCGCAACAUUUGGGUCUUGCCUCUCAGAUCUAUUCCUGGAUGGCAGGCCAAGCUGCCUUUGGAUCUUUGUGAUUUCUUUCGAAAGAGAGAGAAUCGCUGGGAAAGAGGCUCUUGAGCUUUAGUUUUGUGGAAGAGAUGAGCAGCGCUGACUUCAAGGACUUCCGACGAAGCACUUACGACCUACCGUGACCUAUGCGACCUCCGACUCCUGUCCAGACGGCCGGUCAAGACAAGACGGCCCGCCGAGUCCCAGCAGCGCUGCCUGCGGUCCAUGAGUUGAUGUCGGCCAAAGGAGUCUUUUCUACAUAGCAGUGCUAUGAGCAGUACAUGGCCCUAGCUGAGCUAGCUUGCUCCAGUUAACGAAAGAUGUACAUAAUAUGAGUCAAACUAUACCAGAGGAAAGCCUGUUGCUGAGU